AUUAAACCUGUGGUUAGUCAUGGCCCACAGGUGGUUCCUUCUGGUGCUUGUGCUGCUCUGCCGUCAAAACAGCUUGACAUCAUCUAAGCUAACAGGUGAAACCGAAAUAGAUGAGGAUGAAGGAAAAGACCGGGACAUUUUUGACAUCAACGAAGAGGCAGGUCUGGACCUGGUGGAGGGUGAUAUCGUGAUGGAUGAGGCGGACAGCAGGAACACCAUCAUAGGAGAAAAAUAUCGCUGGCCUACCACAAUACCCUACUACUUGGAGGACAGUCUGGAUAUAAAUGCCAAGGGGGUGAUACUCAAGGCUUUUGAGCAGUAUGGACUGAAGACCUGCAUUCAUUUUACCCCUUGGAAGGGAGAGGAGAACUACAUAUCUGUCUUUAAAGGAAGCGGGUGUUUUUCGUCUGUGGGGAACAGGCGUGUGGGGAAACAGAGGCUGUCGAUAGGGCAUAACUGUGAUCGUCUGGCCACGGUGGAGCACGAGUUCCUGCACGCCCUGGGUCUGUGGCAAGAGAAGUCCAGAGCAGACCGAGAUGACUACGUGGACAUCAUGUGGGACCGCAUAGAAGCAGGCAAAGAGCAUAACUUCAACACGUACGACGACACAGAGUCGAGUGCCCUGAACGUCCCCUAUGACUACGGCUCGGUGAUGCACUACAGCAAGACAGCGUUCAACGUCGGCAAGGAGCCCACCAUCGUCACCAAGAUACCCCACUUCAUGGACGUGAUAGGCCAACGGAUGGAGUUCAGCGACAGUGACCUUCUGAAGCUCAACAGGCUGUACAACUGCAUUAAUACACUGGAGUAA